GAGCUGCUGCCGCUGCGUCGAGCCACACGGAGGAGCGGUGGGGGUGGUGGUGGCGGCGUCUCUCUCCGCGUUCGUUCAAACGUCUCCCGUUCCUCUCGUUUAUAUCGCUUCGCGCUACUUUCUUCACGUGAAUUUUAACAAGACGACGACAACGACAAGCGAGCGAGCGAAUCCCGCUUUUACUCCGCACAACCCUUAAUUUCAACCCAAAGUCAUCGCCUUUAACGAGACGAGCAUCAUCAGCAUGGCGUGCGCGGUGGCUACCCCAUUGCUGGAGCCGAUGGACGACUUCCCGGCGUGGCUGGAGGCGCAGGGCGUGAACGAGGAGGUGGCCCGGGCCAUGGACUCGGAGCUGGGCAUCCGGGACUACGGGGUCCUGCGCGCCUGCGUCGGGGACGGCCUCGUGCGUGCCGAGCUGCUGGCCGCGGCGCGCGACCGCCUGCCCUUCGGCUUCUACGCCGUGCUGCGGCAGGUGGUGAAGGCCCUGCGGGGCGCCGAGACCCACGAUGACGAUGAUGAUGCUGCCGCCUGCUCCCCGGGCGACGUGACGCUGGGAGGGCUGGUGGACGCGCUGCUCGCUCUGUUCAGCGGCCUGAGCCGGGAGCUGCUGCUGUGCGUGGGGAGGCUGGGCGAGUGGGAUGGACUGACCCAUCCCACAGCUUUAUCAGCCACAGGCGCUGACAGUCCUGAAGAUGUGGGGCUGGGAGCCAUGGAUGACCAAGAAACCAGUGAUGGGGAUUUCACUUCAACCGCAAGAGCGGUCGCUCCAAUGGAUGCAGCAGAUGAUUUUGUUGCCUGUCCAGCGGAAGGUGAGGCUGGGGCUGGCCAGUUGUUAUCCGGUGAGCGCUUAAACCACAAUAAGACGUUGACUGUCAUCAAAGUUGAGACCAGCGAAGAGGAGAAGUGGAACCCAGUUGCAGACUUCGAAGGUUUGGACCCCGGGCAGAUGUUGCAGAGAGUGAAAACGGAAACCCGCGGAGGCACGAAGAGCUCCCACGAGCGCUGGCAGCCCGUCGCCGCGGACGCCAGCUCUCUGCGGGACGCCCAAGCGGCGGACGUGCCCGCCGUGGGCAGUUUACCCGCGCAGCGUCGGCGGCCGACGUUUGGCAGAACGCGCGUCGGCAACGCCACGGCCACCACGAGUGGCGGCGCGUUCGAGACCGAUCAGCAGCAGCUCGCGAUGGGAUACGCCCAGGACGAGAAGGCCGCGGACAUAGACGUGCCUCUCCCGCAGGAGGAGCAGCAGCAGCAUCAGCACCACGACGACUUUGCCUUCGCCGUCGACGGUCUAUCGCCGGCGUUCGAGCCGAUUCGACGGCGUUCGCUGAAGGUGGCUGCGGGCAAGAAGCUGUUCGGCUGCCGGGUUUGCGGUCACUUCUUCUCGAUGAGGUGCAGCCUGGUCCGCCACCAGCGCUUGCACACGGGCGAGAAGCCCUACUCGUGCAGCGUGUGCAACCACCUGUUCUCCUCGAGCUCGCACCUCAAGUCGCACGAGCGUACGCACACGGGCGAGAGGCCGUACCGCUGCGAGGUUUGCAAGCAGAACUUCUCGCAGCUGAGCACGCUGAGGCGCCACGAGCUGACGCACACGGGGGAGAGGCCUUACCGCUGCGGCGAGUGCGAGCAGACUUUCACGCGCAAGAACGUCCUGAGGAAGCACGAGCGUACGCACGAUAGCAAGAGGCCCUUCCACUGCGGCGGGUGCGGGCAGAGCUUCGGCAAAGCGUCGUCUUUGAAGUUUCACCAGCGCACGCAAGUGGCGUGCUCCCAAGUCGGUGAUUUAAACUGAUUGUUUUUUUUAACCAAGUAAGGCCCUGCUGUGAUGAUGAAGAAGAUGGCUUAUUGAACCUCCUGCAUAACAAGCGAGGGAAAUAUCACCAGAUUUGAAGCUUUCGUGACUGCAAGGAUUCAUAUUCUUAGGUUUUUUCGGUAAAUUUCGAUUUAAAGCUUUCGUGACUGCAGGGAUUCAUCUUCUUGGUUCUUUCGGUAAAGUCACGUAGA